AUGGUUGAUUUACUGCCCGUUGGGGUCGUGACCCUGUUAUACUCGCAAGAAUAUUUGCCCGGAGCGCUUACUAUCGGUUCCCAGCUUCGAAGGGCCAGUCGUGCGGACGACUCUUGCUUUAGGACAUGUAUCCUGGUGAGUGCCGAACUUUUGGAGCCGUCUGGCACAAAUGUAGAAGUGUUGGAGGGGCUGUUCGACGAAGUCGUCUCGGUGGAUCCCUCCGUGCUCAUCACGGAAUCGCUGCUGGAGCUUCACAGCGCGAAUCUUCAGAUGCUCAAUAGGCCAGAACUGGCCGCAACUUUCCUAAAGCUGGAGUUAUGGAAGCUCACUCAGUUUUCCAAGAUUGUGUAUGUCGACUGCGACUGUUUGAUGGUGACGGGUUCAUUUCUGUCGGAUAUCUUGGCGCUCACCGAGCACCAAACCAGCAUGGAUGUUGCGGCUAGUCCAGAUAGUGGAUGGCCGGAUAUGUUCAACAGCGGGGUUUUGACGCUCGUACCGGACCACCAUGUCUACGCGCAGCUCGCGCAGCUUGUUCUGACGCAAACGUCGAUCGACGGCGCAGACCAAGGGAUAUUGAACCAAUUUUUCAACCCCAGCUGUAGGGACCGCGCAGCAGAGAGCGACGCAUCUUCAGCAGGCUGGAUCCGUCUGCCCUUCACUUACAACGUAACAGUGCCCAACAUAGGCUACCAAAACGCGCCUGCUGCCAAAUUCUUCCAAGACCAAAUCAGACUGGUACACUUCAUAGGCAAGCAAAAACCCUGGGUGUCGGGAAGCAAUUCCUCGGAUCGGUACCGCGACGAAUGGUGGCGCCUCUAUCUGGAGUUUCUGCACCAACAACCUCCCCGUCUACCACAGGAUUCCGGAAACAGCGACGAAAUACGGGACGACCCUCCACCAAGUCCUCCUCAUAAUGACACCGCGAUAGUUGCGCCUCCUCCACCGCAAUGGGACGCAACCACGGAGUCUCCGCCCGUGGGGAGCCCAUCUGAGGCAGCCCACCUGCCCGUGGGGGCCCAUUUCGAAUGGAAUCUGGACGUCGACCUACUUGAAGACGAGCUUCCAAAACUCCGAAUUGGGCCCGCUCCCAUUUUCCCCUGGGAAACCUACCGAGAUGCCGUGAAGCCCGAGCGAACCUUCCCCGACUAA